AUGGAGAUGCAGCUGUACUUUGGCAGCGGCGGCGGCGGCAGCGGCAGCGAUGUUGUUGACUGGUUCCAUCCGCUGGCCGAGUUCCCGGCGUUGCCGUUGUGUAUGUCGCCGCCGCCGCUCCUCACAAGCGACGGCACCUCCUUGCCCAUGGCCGCCGCAGCGCCUUCCCACGAUCCUGGCAGCGCUGGAGGUUACUCGUCGGCUAUCAUCCUGAGGGAGGACGCCACGACGGGCUUCUUGCCGAUGAUCCCUCCGCCGUUCGCUACAGAUGAUAUCGACAACAGCUACGUCCUCCCGCCGUUGCCUGCAGACCUUGCCACUGCAGGCCUCGACGACGCAUUGCUCAUGCAGCCGUUCAGCGACAUCGACCUGGACGCGUUCUGCAACGUCGACUUUAAGCCCGAGCCUGUUGAUCUUGACGCAGCAAUGGUGCCGCUGGGCCACGAUUUCGGGGAGCUUCCUAUGGCGAUCAUGAACCCGCUGCAGCAGAACAAUGCAUCGCGCGGCGGCGUCCUCCAGCUGGUCCACGACCUCCAAGCUGAGGACGAAGAAUCCAUCAAUGUCGUCGACAGGGUCUACGGCGCUGAGCAGACGGAGCCACCGCCGCGGCGUGUAAAGAGGAGCAGCGAGCGGUCAGGAGCAGCCGCCAGUGGCAAAAGCCUCGACCACAUCGGGUUCGAGGAGCUGCGCAAGUACUUCUAUAUGCCCAUCACCAAGGCGGCGCGGGAGAUGAACGUGGGCCUCACCGUGCUCAAGAAGCGCUGCCGCGAGCUCGGAGUCGCGCGGUGGCCGCAUCGUAAGAUGAAGAGCCUCAGGUCCCUCAUCCUCAACAUCCAGGAGAUGAGGAAGGGAGCCAUGUCUUCGGCGGAGGUGCAGCGGGAGCUGGAGGCGCUGGAGAGGUAUUGCGCGCGUAUGGAGGAGAACCCGGCAAUCGAGCUGACGGAGCAGACCAAGAAGCUGCGGCAGGCGUGCUUCAAGGAAAAUUACAAGAGGAGGAGAGCAGCAGCCGGGAGCUUGCUUGAUCACUGCUACCAUGAUUUUGGUCAUCAGGAGAUGAGCAAAGGCUGGCUGCUGCGUGCCCUGCCGGCAGAGAGGCUCGGCGGCACCUCAUGCUCACCGCCCUUCGACGUGGACGACGCCCUGGAGACCUCCCUCGUGCUCUCUCUCCCCUCUCACUUCCCCCUGCCCCUCUCUCUUCCGAGCAACCAUGCCGCCCAAACCCUAACCCGACGCCGGCCGCCCUCAACCGCCGCCGCUAGAGGCCUCCCCGCGCCCAUCCGACGACGCCACGGGCUCUGCCUCACCUUCCUCGUCCUCCCCGUGAAGGGAAUCGGACUGAGACGCCCGCAGACGUCCGCGCCACCGCUUCUUCCCCCAUUCCGGCCGGCCCCCAAUCGCCGCCGACUAACCUUCCCCGCCUUCGCCGCCUAG